CUGCGGUUCAGUUAACAACAAGUGAUUUUUUUUCAUUUCAUCUGUAAUGAAACUUGCUUGAAAAAUUUAACAUGUUUAAAUCUGCAAAUCUUCUUAAGUGAUAUAUUUUAGUGAAAAUGUUUAAAAUUUAACGUAAAUAUGAAAAAAUACGCUUUUAUAAUAACUGUAUUAAGUAUUGCGGAAGUUCUGGCUGAAGAUUUGGUCAAGUUGACGGACCUGGUCAAGUUGGCGAACCUGGACGCCCAGUGCGUAAGAUGCAUUUGUUACGCGGCCACUGGUUGCGAUUUGACCAGGGGUUGCGUAGAUGGCUACUGCGGUCCGUUUAAGAUAAGCAAAAUUUACUGGGUGGACGCUGGCGAGGAGCUGUUGCCCAACGAUGAAAAAAAAAGACCGGAAGCAUACGAAGACUGCGCGUUGUACUACAAUUGCGCAUACAGGUCUGCGGUGAAUUAUUUCACGAAAUACGGUAAAGACUGCAACGAAGACGGUGUUACCAACUGUGUGGAUUAUGCCAUGAUACAUUUCAAUGGAGGUUGGCAAUGCCAGCCCGCCCUUAACCGCACUAAGGCUGGUAAGGCUUAUUUGGAAAGAUAUAGGUUAUGUGACCCAGUUAUUUAGGUUUAUAUCUAAUAAUAAUAAUACUACUAGCGCCUCUAAGUAUAAGUGUCGCAAGUUGCCACCCACUUCCGCGGUUGCGGAAGUUCCGUGGUGGCGGAAGUUCCGCACUUGCAUUUUUUUCAUCUGGUUUAGCUUUUUUAGCAAAUUUUUUGGAAAUUGAGAGAUUAACGAUAAACCUGAUCCAAAAAACCCUCUGUAUAUAUAUGAUAAUUAAGGAAUAGUUUAAACUUUGUAAAAAAUAGAAUGUAGAUGUACACCUAAAUCGAUAUAUCCACACGAUGCUAU